UCUGUCUGGGGGGUAGAGAGAAAAGAUGGAGAGGUGUUCUCCUGGCAGCGCUGGCUGGUCCAGGCCAGGGCCUUAGUGGGCCUCAGUUUCCCCACCCCAAAGCGCAAGGUCAAGCGAGGCUUCUCCCGCCAACGUAAGAGUUGAGAGGCUAGUGUCCGGGGCAUACAGAAAAGCCUUCCUUGCUAUGGAAUGGUUUUCCCUACACCUGGGGGGUCCCCUCCAAAUUACAGAGCUGGGGGCUCAUUUCAUCUGCCCUCUUUCUCACACCCCCACCUUUGCCUCCCUCCUGGGUGGAGAUUAGGGAGAGCCUCCAUCUGCAACAUUCCUGAGGGUCCCGCCACCGGCCCCCUCUCCCCGGGCAAGGUAACCGCUGCGCUUUCCCUGCAGAGUUCAGUUUGCUGUCAGAGCCUGAGGGGUAAGUGGGGGUCAGGUGGGGCCCCAACCCCACACUUCCUCCCCAGGAAGGCAUUAGCUCCCCUACCCCAAAACACCCCCAGAGCCCCCGGAGGAGCCAGUGAAAGAUCUUGAUUUGCAGGAGGGAGGAAAUGAUCAGCGGGGCUGGCCAAAGAUGGCAUCUGCAGCCCCCUCCCAACUGGAGAGCACCCGGGAGGGAAGGGGCUAGUGGAAAAAGUGUCCCCCGAUUUCAAGUUCUAUAGAUUCCCCCUCUUUGAAGGCGCCCCAUCAGCAAAACAGAGGCGUUACUAUCGCUUUCUGGGAGCCGCUGGGUUCGCGCUGGCUGCACCCCUAGCUGGCUGGGGAGUGUGACAGCCUCCCCCACCGGCCUCUCUGCUGAAAGCCAGAUGUUCUCCCAGCAGCUGGCGGUAGCGACCCUUUCUUGGGAACUUCCCUCCCCGCACCGCUAGGGCCUCCUAGCCUGAGGCUGCUGUUUGGUCCAAAAAAAAAAAAAAAAAAAAAAAGAAAGAAAGAAAGAAAAAGAGAAAGGAAAGAAAUGAAAUGAAAAGGAAAGAAAAGAAGAAAAGAAAUUUGAUGGAGAGAAGGCCACAGAAAAUUAAGAACGCGUGUGCACGCUAAUGGAGGGGCUGCGGGAGCCACUGCGGGUGGACACGCGGCUGGCUGUGCGUGGGCAAAUGCGCAGCGUAGGGGUGCGUGCACUUAAGGGAAAGCGUGUCCUCUGCGGCGGGCAGGCCGGUGCGUUGGUGCGAGGGUUGGGGCGCCCGAGCUGUGCGAGGGGUGUUGGAUGCCCAGAUGUACCGGAGGCGGCCAGAGAGCUGGGCGGAGACGCAGCACGGAGAAGGGGACUCUCUCCUCUCCCGCGAGCGCCACUCGGCCUGGGAAGGCGGCGACCGCGGGGCACGCUACGCCUGCGAGCCCCCAGCUCCUCGCACGGAGGUGCCAGGCGCCCCGAAGGCGACGAGGAGGCGUCUACGGCCGAAGCUGAAGGCGUCUGAGCGAGGGGGGGGGGGACAGCGGGGGACAAGGAAGCCAGAGGAACCUGAGAGGACGGCGGGCUUUGAAAAGCGCCGCGGGGCGGGCGCACUCCGAGCCCGGCAUCUGUCUUUGGCCCCGGCUCCCGCCGAGGCGAGGCAUCCAGGCUCCUGGCGACGACCCGCGAAAAAACACCCCUCACCUCCCUCCUCUCGGCCCAGGGCCCCGGCUGGAGAGGCUGGGCUCGGCGCCCCGCAGUCAGCGCGCGAACAGCACUCACCUGGGUCCCCGCUUGCCGUGUGCUGCGCCCAGCUCCUGCGCGGUCCCAGGCUCGGCGCCACUGUUCCCCACCCCCCCCUCCGCCCCCGGCCGCCCCCACCAGCCCCAGCCCCCACCCCGGGACUGCGAGGGACAGCUUGCGUGCGAGCCCCCGUGCGGCGGACAGCCUGGCGCGAGAGGGCCGCCAGGGCCUGUGCUCCCCGCCCGCGCGCAGGCUGCCUUCCGGAACCUGGCCUGGCGCGCAGUGUCAGAGGCCCCGCGGCGGCGGCAGGCCGACCCACAGGGGCAUUAGGCCAACUCCCCCCGCGCACGCGGAAUUCUCUAUUAUUAUUAAAGAAUCCCCCAAAACGUGUUUACGUUGGGCCGUAUAAACUUCCUGCCAGGGCCUUUACCAUCUACGAGAAAUCGGAACCUGUUCUUGGAAAGCGGGGAACACCGACGCUGCGGGGCCAACCAGGCGGAUUUUCAGUGUGUGCGUGUGUGGGAGGGGGUCCCCUAGGAAGCGUGUGGGUUCAGACUGGAACUUGGCUAGCCUACGCGUGA